AUGGCACGGUGUUCGGGGUUUGACGUCUGGGCCGUGGGUAGCGACAGCAGACGACCAGCAUGGCCGAACUGGGAAAACCCCAACGGAACCCCGACUAGGAGCAAACAGAGAGAGGUCAAAUCACAGUCCAGGUCAUACACGGGGAGGCACAAUGAAAGGCGACAGAACAUGAGGGACAGGCAAAAACUCACAUGUCACUUACACACAGGUAUUUUUAUCAAAAGGACAAAGACAGCCAUGUUCAGCAGAGGAUUCACCAAACCACUGAUCUUCACCCUUCUGUGCCUCGUGUACUUUACAAAUGCAUUUUUGGAUGCAGACAAGUUGCGAGAGAUGAAGAUGAAAGUUGAGGAACUCCAACAAAGGCAUGACAGACUGAAGGAGUACGACAUGCCAGAGUUGUCGGCACUGUCAGAGCUCAUGGAUGAAGGUGUAGAUCUCAUGGAGAGACUGGCAGAAUACAUGGAACUCCUUGAUUUACCUCCGGGGUUUCCAUCGCUUCAUGGAUACAUGGAAAAAGUAAAGAAGUAUGUGUGGAAAACCAAGGAUUUAACAGACAGCCAGAUGAAGGAGUUUGCUGGCAAAAUUCAAGAAAAUGACAAAAAACUGAGAAAACUGAGAAAAUUAAUCAAUUUCAUGGAGGAGACAGGUGCUGAAUUGUAAGUUCUUCCACAUCUGCAUGUCUGACAUGCAUCUGUUGUUUGAGUAAUGGGCCUUUUUCUGACCUUACACCUUCUUUAGAACUUGCGUUUUCUUUUUAACAUGAAAUAUUUGAUGGACAGUCUGGAAUGUAUGUGAACAGGGUCAAUAAUGUCAAAUAUAGUUUAAUACAUAUGAAACAUCAACAUUCUCUACACAUAACAUGACAUGAAAUAAGGUGCCAUAACUUCUUUUGUGGGGAAAAGGGCAUCUGCAUUUUUAUUUUUUUCUAAGUUUGUUUAAAAUAAAUCAUUCAAACACUAAUUGAUCCAUGCAAGUACAAAUAAUGUGGGAAAAUGUGUGAGCUGAUAAUCCAGUCUUGUUUUUUUCUGUACAUGGAGAACAUUUCUUACUAAUAAAAACCAAUCAUUUUUAUAAUACA